GGGAGUUCUUAUGCUGUACUAAAGUUGUGCUUCUGCUCUGGACAGUGAGUGACCUUUUACACCCAUUAUCCAGGAUCUGACUUUUCAGGAGAGUGUGGAAGAGACGGCUGGAGACCUGGGGAGGGGGGUGGGAUUCAGUCUUUAGACCUGGAAAGGAUAAAUAAAUAAAGCUGACGAAACAGUAGGAGGCACACUGGGGGGUUGGAAUUUUUUUUUGACAAGCUGCAUUUUCUACUUUGGAGUUUCGGGAAAGCUAGUCAAGUGGAUAGCAUUCCCCAAGAGAUGAUGACUGAGCAUUAUAAGGAAAGCACCAUAUUCCAAUGACUCCCUAAUGUCCUUGUCCAUCGCAUGUUCAGGUCGAAACGUUCAAGCUUCGUCCGAAAGCUGUGGCAGAAUCGUUGUGGGGUAGCAUCUGCAACAGGCAGCAGGAGUGUGGACAGUGGCCAGAAUGGGGAAGAGAGCCACUGUGCCCUCAAGCCUGCAGCCUACUCCCUGUUUCAGAAGAUGAAGGAUGAGCAGUUGGAACUCCUAGCUAAGGCUGUGGAGAGCAAAGGGGCCUGGGAGUCAAGCUGUGUAUGUUUCCCUAAGGCAGACCUUCGGGUAGGAAAACACGUCUUACCUCCCCUGGUACUGAUCUGCAAGCUCUUUCGCUGGCCUGAUUUGAAACAGCUUCAUGAACUCAAGCGCCUGAGCUGGUGUGAGACCUUCUGGAAGACUGGAAAUGAAGGCACAGUUGUAUGCUGCAACCCUUUCCACCUUAGUCGUCUGUUAGUUCCAGAAACUCCUCCUCCACCUUAUUCCAAAGCAGUAUUGUUUGAGAAACAGAAGACAGACUUCAUUGAGUGUUUUGAUGGCAGGGAGCAGGGUAGCAGUGACUCCUGCAGCUUUACACAUACAGACCAGCAUGAUACAACCCUGUCAAGAAAUACCAUCAAAGAUGGCUACUGGUGUAAAGUAGCCUACUGGGAGCACAGAACCAGAGUGGGUCGUCUCUAUUCUGCACAUGAGCUCUCUGUCAACAUCUUCUCUGACCUGCCUCAAGGGAAUGGUUUUUGCCUUGGCCAGUUAAACACAGAACAUCGGAAUGAGAUAGUCAAGCGGACCAGAUCCAAAAUUGGGCAAGGAAUCAUCCUAAGCCAGGAAGAGGAUGGAGUAUGGGUCUACAAUCGCAGUGAUCAUCCUGUAUUUGUUAACUCCCCAACACUGGAUAUCCCCUAUUCUCGGACGUUUUCAGUUCACAAGGUGAUGUCUGGCUACAGUAUUAAAGUGUUUGACUUUGAGAAGUCAGUUGUCCUGCAACAUUUGACUAGCCAAUGUGGGAGAAACGAUGGACCAUAUGAUCCCAACAGCAUCCGGAUUAGCUUUGCUAAAGGCUGGGGCCCCUGUUACUCCAGGCAGUUCAUCACCUCCUGCCCUUGCUGGUUGGAGGUCCUAUUAAACACUUCCAGAUGACACUCUAUUGUCUAUUUAAGAUACUUAUACCAGUUUUCAUUUUAUCAGCAACCACUGUCUGAGACCAGCCCAAAGAUGUGGUGUGUGUGCAUGUCACAGAAUAAAGGGAAUGUUUAAGUUGAAGCAGUGAAAGCAAAACCAUCUAUUGAUUUAGCACAUAGCAUGUCCUGUAAAGACUGAAAUGUCAUCAUUACUGCACCAUUGCAGACAAAAGUGAGCAAAGGAUUAAAGUACAGCCAUCUGUUUAGCAGGCACUCAAAGAAUAUUUUGCAACCACAACUGCACAUUAGAAUUGUUAGUUUAAUAACAUUGAAAUAGUGAUAUUUUUCCUUCAAGACUGUAACAUUCUGUAUGCAUGAGGUAAUGUUAUUUGUUGGGAAAGAUGAUGAUGGUGGGAGUUGGGAAAUGACACGUGGCAAGUUAAUAUAGUGACAGUAUAAAAAGCAGUGAUGUGCAGUGUUUUUCAGGGGUCAGAUUAAAGCAUUUGAUAACCAGUAGUUGAAACCUGUUAGCAGUUCAGAAGUGAGUGACCUUCCCUGCCUUUCAUUUUCCAGUGUCAGUAACUAAAGUUUACCGUGUUGUUUUCAUAAAAGCUUUUCCUCAUUUAAGUUAUUCCCUUCACCUCCAGUGAUUGUUUUCCUAUCCUAUGGUUCCCCAUCUCUGUAACUGUUACUCCCAUGAGGCUUGGAUCACACCAUAAUAGCUGUGAGGUAAGCUGAUGACUGACAACACCAUUAUCUGCCUUUUUCUCUAUCUUUCCCAAUGCACAUUCUCCCUUUCACUUGACUCCUAGCAUAAAGUCAGGCAUUCACUUUUUACACACUUACAAAGUAUACAAUUUUCUGGAAAACACUUUAGUCUACCAUGAUCUAUGCUGAAUGUACAGUCCAUGGCCACAGCCGCACCCAAGGUAGUGGUGUAUGUUAGACUGCAGAAUCAUUGCUUUUGACAGUUUCAUAAAUUGCACCACUGUGCCUCUAUUAUAUACCUGGUAUUCUGCAGGCGGAUAUGUGCUCAAUGUGUCAUUCAUUGUAUGGUAUUUCUUGCUCUUCUGUCUCUUUCUCUUGUUAUAACCUUCUUAUAGUCAUCUGUCAGCUAAAACAUCUUUUUGUGACUUCUGAUACACUUUAGGGCUACAGUGUAUGAAGUCAGAAUUCACAGAAAAUUUAGGCUCCUCUUCUUCCCUUCUGUUCAACUUAUGUUGCUUGUGGAGACUUAAGAAGAGGUCCGAUUCUUGAUGAAAUGAAAUUAAUAUUCAAAACACAGUUGGAGUCUGUUAAUUAUUAUGAUGGCAUUAUACAGUAGUAUGGAAAGAAUAAAAUGAGAAAUCAAACACAAGAAAAACCCAUUGAAAGCUGUAAAACUUUCAACUGACCCCAAACAUGCCAUACAAUGUCAAUUAACUUUAUGAUUGUAGCAACCUACGUGUUUACCCAUCAUGCUUUUCUCUUUAUAUUUCAUUUCUCAUGUAGUAUCUCCUCAGUAGUUGGCUCAAGAUGCUAUCACUGACUUCAUACAAUGUUUUCUGCACAUCUGCAUGUCAUCACCAUUAAGAAACAAACUUAACUUAUGAGAGUCAGUGUAGUGUAUAAGAAGAACCCAAAGAGACAUGAGACUGCAGUAAAGGAACAGUAGUAUGAAGUGCAAGGAACUAUGACUGCCAUUUUGCAUUAACUCUUAGUUCUGAAAAGGCUCAGCUGACUCAGACAAGUUUGGGACACUGGGAUUUAGCUAUUUUGCAAAUGAUAAGGAAAAUGGUGUAGAAUAAUUUUUUUGCAAUUUUGGGUUAUACCAGAAACAAAGGUAGAAAGCAGUAACAAUAAAACCAACAUACAAAUAGUGGGAGUUAACAUGGGUAAAGAUGUCGCAUUAAGCUUGUUGUGAUUUAAGUAAAGAGAAAAAAAUAUGUGAGGAAAAUAAAUGUAGUAGUGCAACAAAGAAGUAAAGAUUCAGUAGACUGUGUCAAAACUGGAUUGAAGUAAACAGUCUUAUGGACACAUCACUGGGUUAAACUUUGUCUGACUUUCAAAUUAUUAAGCUAUGCAUCUGAGGACCAUUUCACCAUUUAGGGAAAUGUAUAAAAUGCCAAGUGGCAUAUAGAAAAGGUGCAUGUAUAGCUCAGAAUUGAGAAGCCUGUUAAUUUAGCAUGUUUCGGAGUACUGUGUACAAAUGUUAUCUAAGCACACUUGGAUAAGGAAUGUAAAAAAUGUCUCAUUAUAUAUUAGUCAGAAUUACAAUAGCCCUUACAAAUGCAGGCUAAAAUUCUUUGCUUUUCAUAAUGAAAAAUGCUUUUUAUAACAUUAAAAUAAUUAACACCUUUGUAAUAAAGUUUGCAGUAUGACGUGAUAAUGAGUUACUACUAGAAGUAGAUACAUUGCCAGUGUAUAGUCUGGUAGUUGGUGCACUGGUUAAAGUUGAUAUCCUUAGUUCCUGUGGUAUAGGGUUUCAUCCCCUCAGUCUUCCUGUGUAACCUUGAGCAAGUCACUUAACCAGACUUUGCUCCCAGGUCACCCCUGCAAGGGACUUUGAGCUCAAUGGCCCUACCUGGUUAUUCAAUAUGAUUAUAAUUACUUGAAACACAAUACAAAAAUAUGCAAAAUAGAUGUUGCAAACAUUGAAAACAAUGAUAAAAUAAUCUAAAAAUCAAAAUAGUUCCAUUUCUAGCUGUUUCUGUAGUAGAAACUGAAAAAAAUAGGUCCUUUAUAAAGGAAAUAAUCAAAAUGUGUAUAUGUUACAUGAUGGUUCAAACUGUAUUGAGCACGCUUGUUGGCAAAUAGUAAUAGGAAGUAUGUCUUGCUUUCAAACGGAUACAUCCUCAGGAGUCCCUGUUCUAACAUUAUUCACAAUGCAGUAUUUGUGAUCAGUUUUAGAAUGCCUUUGCAACACAUUU